GUUCCGGCAGCCAAGAUGGCGGCGGCGGCGGCGGGCGGUCUGUCUUCCCUGGAGUCGGCCCCGCGGAUCCUGCGGCUGGUGGCCGAGUGCAGCCGCUCCAGGGCCCGGGCGGGCGAGCUGCGGCUGCCGCACGGGCCGGUCGCCACUCCGGUGUUCAUGCCGGUGGGCACGCAGGCCACCAUGAAAGGCAUCACGGCCGAGCAGCUGGAGGCGCUGGGCUGCCGCAUCUGCCUGGGCAACACCUACCAUCUGGGCUUGAGGCCGGGCCCCGAGCUGAUCCAGAAAGCCCACGGGCUCCAUGGCUUCAUGAACUGGCCCCACAACCUGCUGACGGACAGCGGCGGCUUCCAGAUGGUGUCCCUGGUGUCCCUGUCUGAGGUGACGGAGGAGGGCGUGCGCUUCCGCUCUCCCUACGACGGCUGCGAGACCCUCCUGAGCCCGGAGAAGUCGGUGGAGAUCCAGAACGCGCUGGGCUCGGACAUCAUCAUGCAGCUGGACGACGUGGUCAGCAGCACCGUGACGGGGCCCCGCGUGGAAGAGGCCAUGUACAGGUCAAUCCGCUGGCUGGAUCGGUGCAUUGCAGCCCAUCGGCGGCCAGACAAGCAAAACCUCUUCGCCAUCGUCCAGGGUGGGCUGGACGCGGACCUCCGGGCCACCUGCCUUGGAGAGAUGACCAAGAGGGACGUGCCAGGCUUUGCCAUCGGGGGCCUGAGUGGGGGCGAGAGCAAGGACCAGUUCUGGAGGAUGGUGGCACUGAGUACUUCGCAGCUGCCCAAGGACAAGCCCCGAUACCUGAUGGGGGUCGGCUACGCCACCGAUCUGGUGGUCUGCGUGGCCCUCGGAUGCGACAUGUUCGACUGUGUCUUCCCCACGCGGACGGCGCGCUUUGGCUCCGCCCUGGUGCCCACGGGGAACCUGCAGCUAAAGAAGAAGCAAUAUGCCAAGGACUUCGGCCCCAUCGACCCCGAGUGCACGUGUCCCACCUGCCGGAAGCACAACCGCGCGUUCCUGCACGCCCUGCUGCACAGCGACAACACGGCCGCCCUGCACCACCUGACGGUGCACAACAUCGCCUACCAGCUGCGGCUGAUGAGCGCCGUGCGCGCCAGCAUCGUGGAGAAGCGCUUCCCGGAGUUCGUCCGGGAUUUCCUGGGCACCAUGUACGGGGACCCCACCCUCUUCCCCGCCUGGGCCGCCGAAGCCCUGGCCUCUGUGGGCAUCACACUGGACUGAUCUGAUCUCCCCCACAACCCCUGCAUCGGAGGACAGGAGGAUGGGCCUGAAAGCUGUUGAGGCUUUGGGGUUUUUUAUUCCAACGAAUGCGCAACUGUGUCUCCAUCUAUUUAAUAAACUUUCGUUGUUUUUUUUUAA